CCCUUGACAACUAGACAAGAAGCACAGUAGUUCGCAGUGUUGUAAAUACACCACCGUUUUCUGAAGACUGUGACCUGAAUUCCACCAUAGGUGCUGACAGGGACAAUCGUGAAAGAGGAAAAUAAACAAGGGAAAGAGACACACGGGAAACUAUAGAACAAAAUGGGUUGCAAAAAUAGUAAGUCAGUCUCCACUGUCCCAACGACAGUUAAAGUCAAACCGGCUUCCGGAAAAGGACGAAUUCAGCCUAUGGACUUAGACUCGAAGCCAUCAGAGUUAAAAGCAACGGACGCGUUCAUUACACAGGAUAAAACAUUGCCUAAAAACGAUUCUAGUGAUUCUUUGGGAAGUUUAGGUGACGGUGGGGUUGGUGGUGACUCGAGGCAGGGAUCCGCAGGGUCCAAGUUCUCAAAACAUAGUGACGAUUCUGGUCUUGGAGAACAUGGUGAUGAUGAUGGAGUGACGUAUAUUACAGAACUGUCAGAUCCUGCUCUUGUACAACAAGUAGAAAGUGGAUUCAAGGAGAAGGAACUGGACGAUCUUUGGGUAACCGGAAAGGCGGUUCCUCGCCGUCUCAGCGCCAAGGACAAAGAACGACAAGAGGAACAGCGGAUUCUAGCAACACUCCAAGAGGAAGGCCUCAUCACUCGGCCCCAGACACGCGCAGGGAACGGCGUCUGCUUCGAGAUUGUUGAAGAGAAUAGUAAUCGCCUGGCGCUUCGGCCGCCCCCGAGAUUAGCCAAGCUUGAGAAGAGAAAGAAGAAGAAGAAGAAGCUUACCGAGUGGGAUAUCCAGGUCAAGCUGGAGAAGGCUGAAGAAAAGAGGAAGCAACACGAAAAGGAAAAGCUAGAGCGCAUUAGUCAGCUCGACAAAUCUCAAGUUCAGUCGGCACUCGACAACUUCGUCGAGCACCAGAAGAAGUUGGGAGAAGAGCAACUCCAGAAAGUGGAUGUCAUGGCGGAGAAGAAAGAGAAGAAGCUUAGGGAACUUCAGGAGAAGCUCCGAGCCAAGGAAGCACACGCAGAAGAGGUCAGACGGCGGAAGAAACUGCGUGUGAUGACUGUCAUUGAAAGUCAAGGCGAGUACGACACGGAGAACCCGAAUUUAGCAAAUAUGAAAAUGGCGGAAGAUGUCGCUGUGGCUGGAACCGGAAGUAAGCAGCAGACGACAGAAAUGUCGCAACAGGAUCAGGAAUAAUGAAGAUGCGAAUGAAGAUGUACGAGUUAUGUUGGGAUUUAUUUGUUCGAAGUCAGUCUCAGGAAUUGCAUGGUUGAUGGAUUCGUUUGAUGUAUACGUAUGGCAAGACUGUUUUCGGCACUCUUUUAAAAGUGUCCGUUCUUAAAUCAAACUGCUUAGGCCUAUCUUACUAGUCGAGCAUCAUCUAGGGGCAGUCCAUUUCGUCAUCCUGAUCGCUUCGGGCGACAGAACGAAACUGGUCCACUGCGUUUGGAGUGUAAUGCAUACUUCGCGGGGGUACUUAGUAUUUCAUGGCAUUCUGCAAACGGUUACCGACUCUGAUACGGCUGGUGCCAACAUGGCGCAAAGAUAAAAAUACAAACAGGGAGAAGACCAAACCAGAUAACAUGCUUAGGAAGCUCGAGGGGGUAGGUCAAAACAAUAUUGUUACAUGAUAAUCAUGAAUAUCAAGAAUAUUUAUAGCAUUUAUUUAUUCUUGUAUUCAUGUAUUCAAAAUACCACUAUUUGGCGUCAUUUUGCAAAUAAACAGCAUCGUACAUACUGCUUUUCGCAGGGAAAAAUCUGAAUAUAAAUUUUAAACCCGCUAAUCAAGCUGUGAUAAACAAACUUCUGUGGCGAUGGAUUUAAUGUUUUUGCCAGCAUUUCUGACGAACUCUUGACAGUUUUCUAUUACUGUAAUACUUGGCAUAUCUGUGAUAUAUAAUGAAGGGGUUAGGCACUCUGAGAUAUACUGCUGCACGGGGACACUCAACACACUUUAAAAUUAAGAUUCUGACACAUGUACAUAGUGAUUAUAUCCACAAUAUGUUUCAAUGUUUCAUUGUUUCGAUUGUUUCGAUUCGUUUCGUCCUGUUACGGAUUUUUCUGUUUCCGAAGUUCGCCUCAGAGAUGUCUUUUCUCUGUUCCUUUGCGAAAAUUAAAGGCCCUGGACCAAAUGAUGUCGUUUGUAAAAGGAACAUAUUUCUCCCUGUUUUGAGAAUUUGGAACACCUUUUUGCUGGCCGUCAUAAUCUAAAAACAAACAUUUUGCUAAUGCGUGUUGUCGCCUCACAAGUGUGAACAACUCUUGGGAGACAUCGUGACCGAUACCCUAAUUGUUAGCGACACUUCAGCUUGAGGUCCAGGGUCCUACAUUUCCAAGAUUUCCUAGGUGUGUUGCAAACAUGAUUUUGAACAGUCCGAUCAGGUAUCCCGAUGGACCGAUCGUAGCCUCGCGCCGAUCAGCCUACGUCAGCCGCGAAUCCUCGGCAGGGGUAUGCCCUGCGGAUCUUCACCUACGCCUAACUCCUCAAAAGCAACAGUAAAAUAGCUUGAUCUACUAUGUCCGGUGUGUGCAGAGAGCUGGCCCCAAGCAUAGUGUAAAUAUAAGUGCAAGUAGGAACCGUGACAAUAUUCAAUGUAAAUAAAAAUGAAUUUUAGAUAA